AUGUCGUUCGUUCAGAAAAGACUACUGUCUCAGACAGUUUUUCUACGCUCUCAAGUGGGAUCUUCACCACUUUAUAUAUUGCCUGGAGUUCAAAUUUCGAUAAGUGCAUUGCCCAUACCCAGGAUUAUUAGAAAGGGUAGAACAUCACUGAAUAUAUCACAAAAUAUUAUAGUUACGGGUCCCAAGGGAAAACUUUCCAUGGAGGUACCCGAUUUUUUGGAGUUGGACAGAGAUGAAAAGCAUGGUAAAAUGAACGUUGUGGUCCAGAAUUCAGAGGAUAAGCAUCAGCGUUCCAUGUGGGGUACAGUAAGAUCGCUUAUAAACAACCAUAUCAUUGGUGUUACUGAGGGACAUCUUGCCGUUCUUAGAUUUGUAGGGACAGGUUAUAGGGCCCAAUUAGAGAAUGAUGGGAAAUUUGUCAAUGUUAAAGUUGGUGCAUCUAUCAAACAAGGGUUGAAUGUUCCUGAAGGUAUUGUUGUCAAAUCACCUGCUCCUACAUCUCUGAUUGUUGAAGGAUGUGAUAAACAACAAGUUCUUCUCUUUGCUGCCAAAUUGAGGAAAUUUCACCCACCAGAACCGUAUAAGGGUAAAGGAAUAUAUGUUAAUGGUGAAACGAUAAAACUAAAGGAUAAGAAAAUCAAAUAG